AGAAGAGGGGGUUGCACUGGGCACCAGGGUUGACAUUCUCUGCUUGGGCAAGCAGAAAAGAAAACUCUCCUGUCCCGACUCCUCUACAUGGCAGGGAAUUUCUGGCAGAGCUCGCAUUACUUACAAUGGAUUUUGGAUAAACAAGAUCUGUUGAAAGAACGCCAAAAGGACUUAAAAUUUUUGACAGAAGAAGAAUAUUGGAAAUUGCAGAUAUUUUUUACAAAUGUUAUCCAGGCUUUAGGUGAACAUCUGAAAUUAAGACAACAAGUUAUUGCUACUGCUACUGUCUAUUUCAAGAGGUUUUAUGCCAGAUACUCCCUAAAAAGUAUAGAUCCAGUACUUAUGGCUCCCACAUGUGUGUUUUUAGCAUCAAAAGUAGAGGAAUUUGGUGUGGUUUCAAAUACAAGGUUGAUAUCUGCUGCUACUUCAGUAUUGAAAACUAGGUUUUCGUAUGCCUUUCCGAAGGAAUUUCCUUAUAGGAUGAACCAUAUACUAGAAUGUGAAUUCUAUCUAUUAGAAUUAAUGGACUGCUGUUUGAUAGUAUAUCAUCCUUACAGACCUCUACUCCAGUAUGUGCAGGAUAUGGGCCAAGAAGACAUGCUGCUGCCUCUUGCCUGGAGGAUAGUGAAUGACACAUAUAGAACUGAUCUUUGUCUGCUGUACCCUCCUUUCAUGAUAGCUCUAGCUUGCCUACAUGUGGCUUGUGUUGUCCAGCAAAAGGAUGCUAGGCAGUGGUUUGCUGAGCUCUCUGUUGAUAUGGAGAAGAUCUUAGAAAUAAUCAGGGUUAUCUUGAAACUGUAUGAACAAUGGAAGAACUUCGAUGAAAGGAAAGAAAUGGCUACUAUUCUAAGUAAGAUGCCUAAACCAAAACCACCUCCAAACAGCGAAGGUGACCAAGGUCCAAAUGGAAGUCAGAAUUCUAGCUACAGCCAGUCUUAAGACAUUCCAAAGAAAUUCAUUGUGGACCACUUUGGAUUAAGACACGUUGGAAUCUUUUCCUGUGUGGAAGACAUGGACAGAAGUUUUCAAUAAUGUCUUUUCAGAAAGAACUUGAACGUUUCUGUCAAGCAUACUGAAAGCUUUUCCUUAGACAUACACCUUUUUGAAUUGUGGCACAAAUACGUAAGCAAACCUCUAAACAAAUCAAAAGCCUUGGAUAACACCAGAAAAAAUGAUGGUUCAAUUCAGUAUGGACAGAGUUAAAAACUUUUUUAAAAAAAUAGUGAAGAGUUUCAGUAACCCUGUAAACGUGAAGCUGGUUGAGUGUAAGUGAAUCUUUAUUGCCCUAAUACUAGUUCAACCACAGGAGGUAACUUGAAAUGUUGAAUGUGAGAUCCUAACUUUCUAGAUAUAUACUCUUGAGUGCCAGUAGAUAUUGUACAAGGAGAAUGUACUUCAUUAGUAAAUGCCAGGGGGCGGGGCGGAAAGCUCCUUUAAAAAAUGAGAGUUAGACAAUGUGAGAUGCUCUUGGUACCUACAGCUUGCAAGUGGAAAAUAAAUCCAGCAUACCCAAAAAAGUGCAAUAUAUAUAUAAUGCAAAAUUACGGCUGUUAGAGGGAAGAACUUUUCACUCUUUACAAAUGCUAAACAAGUAAGCUCUUGUACAAACUGAAAUUCAAAUUUUGUAAUCAAGUUGAGAAGUAAAGAAUCAAUAUAUUUGAGGUUGUACUGGUAAUGUGUUGUGUGCUAGAAUUUAGUAUGCCUUCAUUGUUGCUAUGGUUUGUAACAGGGACCACUUGAGAAAGCAGCAAAUAUUCUGAUAAGAUUAGACCUGCCUCAAUAGUAAAAUAUUUAAUACUGUAAGAAUUUAACUACACAAACUUAGGGUGCAAUCCUAAGGAUGAUUAGACAGAAAAAAGUGGUACAACUCCCAGCAUUCCCCAGCCAGCUUGUCUAAACAUGCACAGAGUUGUGCCCUAAGUUGCUUUUUUAACUGGAGGGUCAUACCUGUGCUCUUCACUCAGGCAGACCUCCUAUUGAAAGUGGGACUUGGUCCAAAGACCUUAGAUUUUAAAGAACAGAUUUUGCAUUUCAUAGUAAGUGUUUUUGUAUCCUAUCUUAAAACAAAGUAAAAAAAUAAUGAUUGGAUUUCAGUUAAGCGCUCUCUUCGCUCUGGAGAACAACAUUCCACUGCUAUAAAAACAGGGGAAUUUUGGCUGGAAGAGUCUUGUCACAUGGUGCUUGUUCUAAAACUUGAUUUUAAAAAGGCAGUAAUGCCUGCCUCUACUUGAUCUGUCUUUCAACUAAGUGUAACCAAAGUGUUUUUGUAUGCAAGCACUUGGGCUCUUUGCACUUAACUGUCGAAGUUAUUUUUUAUAAAGUGUGUGUUUGGGUACUGACUUACAAAAGCAUUUCUGUGAGAAGUGAUGUGUCUCUAGCCUUUCCCCAUUUCCCUUAGUUGUUUUACUUAUUUUAUUGACACCUAUGAUUUUAUUCCAAACCCUUACUAACAUAAUUGGUUGAAGAUGCCAUGUCUGUAGUAGCUGGAAAAUUACUUUGUUUCCUUGAGGGUUUAUACUUUAUUUGUAAUAUGGACUAGCUGUGUAGGAAUAAAAGCAAACGCAAACUGACAA